AUGGGUAAUACACCAGCAACUCCCCACCAACAGGACCGCCAACUGAACUACUCUUUCAGCCACCUUAGAAACCAACCAGGCAGCCAACCAGCCCAGCCAACACAAAGACCAACCUACCUUGGUCCACUCCGGCAACCACAAGGCCGACCUCAAUUCCCUGGAUCCAACCUCAGACGACAAUUACAGCCAUACCGACGCCAACGAAACCUACAGCACAAUUCCAUUCCCUUGCAGCCAAACAAUGGGCGAUCCCACUCGCCUUUGCCCCUUUUUGAUUCAUCCGAGUCCUCCCGGGAAACCACCUCACUCCACCUGCCACCACCACCGAGUGGUGUGCCCAAACCACAUGGAGAGUACAACAGUAAAGCCACCCUGCUUGAUCAAGCCCCAACCUACGAGCCACAUUCCUAUAGCCAACAACGUUCUACAACGGUCACCAAAUCCCGUCACCACCGCCGGCAAAAACUCAAACAACAACGACGAGCCAAAGCAUCAAAAGCAUCCAACCAAUGCACCAACCGAAACAGGAAACCAAACAAACCUCCUGGAGUUAAACUCGCCACUUACAAUAACAUGCAAGAUGGCCGCAACAAUCGACUCACUUUACUAGCUCGCAACCUUGAAGAACAACAAGUUGGCCUCUGCCUCGCCACGGAAGCCAAAAUUCCCAACGAAGUUCACACUAAGGCACGCUUGUGGCUACGAUAUUUUCUGCACCUACACAACAAACAAAAACCAAGGUGGCCUUGCCCUCUAUGUCCAAGCUGA